GGCCCAGGCGAGGGUUCACGGGCCCAGGCGAGUGUUCACCGGCCCAGGCGAGUGUUCACAGGCCCAGGUGAGUGUUCUCAGUAACCCAGACCUCAACUUUGAUAUCAUCCUGAUUUCGGGGCUGAUAUCUUUCUAUCUUAAUUGACGUUCCUCGUGAAGAUGAUCGUGAAGAUCUGUGAUCCAAAGUCUGGAUGAGAUGGUUAAUGCAGCCCCCUUUUUCUCUUCUUCAUGUAGCACACGCAGAGUACAGUGGGCGGAGUCUUUCCCGAUGAAGCCGCUCUGUGAUUGGCCUGACUUCAGUCGUAUUGUGGGAGGGGGAGGUUUACCGCAGUGACACCGUCCUCUCUCUCUCUCUCUCUCUCUUCAUCUGUCCCGGUCUCAUCCCAUCGAUCACCAUCGAUCUGCAGGAUCAAUACCACUACUGUAACUGAUCCUCUCCCUCUUUUUUUUUUUUAACAAUUUGAAUUGGACAAUUAAGCGGCAGCGGCGGCGGGAGGCUCGUGCCGUCAUCGCGGGGAACAUCGCGCGCCGUCCGUGCGUAUAGGGACAGACCUUCGUCUCCAUCCUCACCCUCACCACCAUGUCCGGCACCAAGGAGGAGGACCGCGCAGACUCCGGCAGCUGGCGGGAUUCCUUCUGGAACCCGCGGACCCAUGAGCUGCUGGGCCGAACCGCCUCCAGCUGGGGUCUGAUCCUGCUCUUCUACCUGGUCUUCUACCUGUUUCUGGCGGGAAUGUUUGCUCUCACCAUGUACAUCAUGCUGCUGACGCUCGACGACUACAAACCCACCUGGCAGGACCGCCUGGUCACUCCGGGGAUGAUGAUCCGUCCGAAGGGCGACCAGCUGGAGAUCACGUUCUCGGUCUCGGAGACUGAGAGCUGGGACAACCUCGUCCAAAACCUCAACACCUUCCUGUCUCCGUACAACGACAGCCACCAGGCUCAGACCAAUGAUAACUGCCCCGCAGAUCAGUACUUCAUUCAAGAGGACAGUGGCGAGGUGAGGAACAAUCCAAAGCGCUCCUGUCAGUUCAAUCGGACGAUGUUGGAGGAGUGUUCUGGGGUGUCAGACCGUUUCUAUGGUUACAACAAAGGUCAGCCCUGCAUCCUCAUCAAACUGAACCGGGUGAUCAAUAUGUUGCCGGGAAAGGACGGUCAGUCUCCUUAUGUCACCUGUGGAGCCAAGAGAUACAGAAUGGGAGAAGAUGAUUGGAGGGAGGACAGUGACAAGAUCGGACCUCUGGUGUAUUAUCCUCCUAAUGGCACGUUCAAUCUCAUGUACUACCCAUACUACGGCAAGAAAGCUCAGGUGAACUACACUCAGCCGCUGGUGGCCGUGAAGUUCCUGAACGCCUCCAUGAACACAGACAUCAACGUGGAGUGUAAAAUCAACUCCAACACUCUCGCCACCGGCAGCGAGAGGGACAAGUUCGCCGGACGGGUUUCCUUCAAACUACGGAUCAACGACAAAUAGAAGCACUGCAAAACGCACGCACACGCACGCACACGCACGCACGCACACACGCACGCACGCACGCACACACACACACACACACACACACACACACACACACACACACACACACUAAAGCUGCACUAAUCCAGAUGUUUAAUGAAACUAUAGUGAGUCUGUCCUCGUCCUAUUAAAGCCACAAACUGACCUCCAGCGUCAUGAUGCGUUCACUGACAGUCCCCCCCCCCCGUAAACGACACAUUUUUGUAUUUUGUGUUUUUCUGUGAUGUGAUCGUCUGUACGACAGACUCAGUGCAGCUUUGACUCAAACACACCUAGACCCUGAAACCGGCCAAUCAGCACGCACACGCGCUCUGAUGUCACUGCCACUGAGGACGGACUGAAGAGAGGACAAACGGUCAAUGAUCUUAUCAAUCUGCAUGAAUCGAAAACAAAAUUAUUGAUCACCCAGCUGUUGACGGGUCAACCUUCAAUCUGUUAUUUAUUCAUUUUUAUUUAUUUAUUCAUUUUUGUCGCUUGUUUGUGUAAAUUUUAUGUUUAAGAAACUACAGACCACAUCGAACCAUCAACCAGUUCAGACACUACAGACCACAUUGAACCAUAAACCAGAACAAAGAUAAACCAGAUCACAAACCCGUUCAGAAACUGGUCCGUGUAACUGGUCUGUUGCCAUGGAAGCAGGUCAGAGAUAGUUGUAGUUUCCAUGGCAGCAGUGUUGGUGUUUGACGUCACAUUUUGUUUUCUCCUCUUUGAUUGGCUCGUUUGGUUUAUUAGAUCAUUAAUUAGUCAUUAACUUAACCAGGUAGUGGUCUAGUUAGUUAGCGCUUUGGGAAAUUUUGGGUAGUCACUUUUUUCUUUUUGAUUUGUUUACUUAUUAGUUUUUAUUCACUAUCGUUAUCAUGGGGCUGAGCAUCACCGUUACCACGACAACCACGGCCAUGUGACACAGUCACCCGUCUCCUCAACUGUCUAUCAAUCACUCUGUCCUGCCCCCCUGAAACCCCCCCCCUCCCCUCACAGACACACACACACACACCUGUCCUGCUCUCCACCAAUGGUCUUCCUUCAAAGAGUGACCAGCCAAUGAGAUGGUCCUGCUGUAUGAUGUCAUAUGCUCUUACUUGUUUGUGAUUGGAUGAUUUCUCCUGCCUGAAACUGUCCUUGUGUUCAACAGUCGAUUUAAAAAAAACAACAACAAAGAAAUUAAACUGAAAACCAAAAAAACUAAAAA